GGCAAGAUGGCGUCUGGGGGCGGGAGGUUGGCCUUCUGACGCUUUGUCAUUUCAUGCUCACCUCUCUCUCCCGCUCUCUCUCUCUCCUCUAAGCCAGGCUAAACCCACCGCCACCAUGAGCAAAAGGAACCAGGUGUCGUACGUGAGGCCGGCCGAGCCUGCCUUUCUGAGCCGCUUCAAGGAGCGAGUCGGUUAUCGGGAGGGGCCGACGGUGGAUACGAAGAGAGAACUUCUCCCACCUCCUGAAGAUGACAAUGAUGGAAGUGAUCAGGAGGAUGAGCAGCCACAGGUGGUUGUGCUGAAAAAGGGGGAUCUGACAGCAGAAGAAGUGAUGGAGAUUAAAAAAGAGAUCAAAGAAGCUUCCAAGACCACAGAUCUUGAUCCUGGAGAUGGGAAGAUUGUGUUCAGGAAACCUCUCAAGCGUUCAUCAGAAGAGAAGUAUUCAGGUUUGACAGCUACAUCAAGUAAGAAGAAGAAAGAAACAAAGAAGAUUUCUCCAACCCCCCAAAAUACAACCAAGCAAGUGAAAAACUGCAACUUGCUUUCCUUUGAUGAAGAAGAGAGUGAUGAUUAAGAGCAAUUUACGUUUAUAUAUCAUGUUCUUUAGAGACAAAAUGUUAAGCUGAAUGCAUCAGGGAACUGAGAUGCAGGAUUUAACUUUUAUUUUUUAGUAAGUCUUAAAUGUUUUCUUGCACCUAUAUACAUAAUUGUGAAAGUAUAUUAUUACAUUAAAAAUUGCCCCCCCA